GCUGCACUGCUUUCUCUUUUUUAUCCCGUUGUGCACCGACGACCAUUCCCUCGGCAGGGUUACUCCGCAUGUUGAUCGAUCCAAUAAAUCAAUAAUAACACUGUUUCGUUGGCAAGACGCUCCUUUGCUGCAGUGGAAACUCGGAUGUUAGUAACUUCGCAAGUGUCGUUUUAAGUUGUGCUGGUUGCAGCCAGAGUUCCCAGUUGACUCCGUCGCGGGGAUAAUUAUGCUGUGUGUGAUCCUUAUAAAACAGUUUUUGACGGAAUUAUAAUUUUUUGACUUUGUUUAUCGUUGCUUGUUGGAUUAUUUCCUCGGAAUUUUAUUCAAAAUGUCGUUGAAGCAGACUGUGGGCAACAAAAUUCUGAAAGAGGUACUGCAAUCAGUGAAAGAAAAAGGCAAAUGGAAGGUUCUUGUGGUGGACCAGCUGAGUAUGCGCAUGAUCAGUUCGUGUGUGAAGAUGCACGACAUUAUGAACGAAGGAAUCACAAUCGUGGAAGAUCUAAUGAAGCGUCGCGAGCCUUUAGUGAACAUGGAGGCCAUUUAUUUGAUCACACCAGUGGAGAAAUCUCUGGAACAUCUUAUUAAUGACUUCCAGAAUCCCCUGAAUCACCAGUACAAGGGAGCCCACAUAUUCUUCACCGAAGCGUGUUCGGAUGACAUGUUUUCUCAUCUCUCCAAAUCGAUAUCCUCCAAGUUUAUUAAAACGCUGAAAGAAAUUAAUCUGGCAUUCUUGCCUUACGAAUCCCAGAUAUUUUCCUUGGAUUGCCCUGAAACAUUCCAGUUCUUCUACAACCCACAGAAAGCAGGUGGUCGGAAUAAUUUCCUGGAGCGAGUGGCUGAGCAAAUUGCCACUUUGUGUGCCACUUUGGGAGAGUAUCCGGCAAUUCGUUAUCGUAGCGAUUUUGAAAAGAAUUUUGAAUUAGCACAACUGGUCCAUCAGAAGUUGGAAGCUUAUAAAGCCGAUGAUCCAUCAAUGGGCGAGGGCCCAGAAAAAGCACGAUCUCAAUUGAUUAUUGUGGACCGUGGAUUUGAUUGCGUCACGCCGCUGCUACAUGAGUUGACGCUGCAAGCGAUGGUGUAUGAUUUGCUACCAAUUGAAAACGAUGUUUACAAAUACGAGACAGCCGGGAGUCACGACAUGCGCGAAAAGGAGAUUCUUCUGGAUGAAGGCGAUGAUAUCUGGGUUAAUUAUCGCCAUAAUCAUAUUGCCCAUGUUACCAAGAACAUCACUGCUGGACUGAAGAAGUUCAUGGAACAACACACCCAGAAAAACACAGAGAAAAUGAAUAUCAAAGAUCUUUCCUUCAUGAUUAAGCAAAUGCCGCAGUACCAGAAGGAACUAAAUAAGUAUUCUACACACAUUCAUCUAACAGAAGAUGCCAUGAAGCAGUAUGAAAACCAUAAAAUCGAAAGGCUAUGUCGCGCGGAACAGGACUUGGCCAUGGGCGAGACAUCCGAGGGUGAAAAAGUUAAGGAUCCCAUGCGCGCCAUCGUACCCAUUCUCCUGGAUCAAAACUAUACUAACUAUGACAAAUUGCGCAUCAUUCUUUUGUUUAUCCUAUCGAAAAACGGCAUUCCUGAAGACAACCUCAACAAGCUGAUUCAUCAUGCCCAAAUGUCAAACGAAGAAAGGAACAUUGUGCUGAAUAUGCAGAACCUCGGUGUCAAUAUUCUUUCGGAUAGUGGGCAAAAGCGUCGACAGUGGACGCCGGCACGGAAGCAGCGCAUUACGGCGGAAACUUUUGAUCUGUCGCGUUGGUCACCCAUUAUUAAAGAUCUCAUGGAAGACGCUGUGGAAGGAAAGCCGGACGGCAAGUGCCUGGAUUUGAAGCACUUCCCUUUCUUGCCGGGACAUCAAAAUAUGCAGGGUGGACAUGUGCCGACCAGUGCCCGUUAUGGAAACUGGCAUAAGGACAAGGCGGCACCGGCUAUCCGUACAGGACCGCGGCUGAUGUUUUUUAUUGUCGGUGGCGUGACGUAUUCGGAAAUGCGUACUGCCUAUGAAGUGACACAGUCGUCGAAGAAUUGGGAAAUUCUUGUUGGUUCAACGCAUAUCAUCACUCCAGAAAGCUUCCUUCAGGAUUUGAAAAAUUUAGCUGACCAGUAGAAGGACGGAAGCUAUGAUACGGAAUUUCAUGACAAUAAUUUCGGAGCAACAACCCCCACAUUCCUUUGUACAAAGGAUCUUCGGUUAAACCGUAAUUAUUCUUUUGUUUCCUAUACCUGUGCUGCGGGAUACCGCUUGCUGAAUUCCCUGGAUGUUUUGAUCUUUUUCUCGCUAAGUAAUGUGUGGUCUAGUCAGUUUUAUUAUAGAGCAAAUGUUGAAAAUUUAUCCGACAAUAGUUUGUUUCCACUUUCUCUGCGCGCAUUUAUCCGUACGUAAUGGCUAUUGAUUCUGCUUUAAGCUUCUGUGUUUUGCAUGCUUCGGUUUUGUUUCGCUGGCAUAGUUCAGGUCAGUCGUAUAAGUGCAGUAAUUGUGAAUCUGUGAUUUUUCCUCAUAUUGCGCAUAUGAAGAAUUGUUAAUGAUUUCAUUGUGGCACCAAUGAAGGAUAAAUCUUUGGGA